CUGAUUUCUCCCUUUUUGUAUGCCGGAUGCUGCAUGAGUCUGAAACACCAAUAAACGGAGACUGCAUGAGACGCCUCCAGUCUCGGGUCCCUGCCCUAGUGGCCUAUGUCCCUUGCUCGGGGCCAUGGAGACACUGCGGCCACCACGGCACCGCCUCUGUCUGAAGAAGGGGAAGUGACCUCCGGCCUCCAGGCUCUGGCCGUGGAGGAUACCGGAGGCCCCUCUGCCUCGGCCGGUAAGGCCGAGGACGAGGGGGAAGGAGGCCGAGAGGAGACCGAGCGUGAGGGGUCCGGGAGCGAGGAGGCGCAGGGAGAAGUCCCCAGCGCCGGGGGAGAAGAGCGUGCCGAGGAGGACUCCGAGGACUGGUGCGUGCCCUGCAGCGACGAGGAGGUGGAGCUGCCCACGGAUGGGCAGCCCUGGAUGCCUCCGCCCUCCGAAAUCCAGCGGCUCUAUGAACUGCUGGCUGCCCGCGGUACCCUGGAGCUGCAAGCCGAGAUCCUGCCCCGCCGGCCUCCCACGCCGGAGGCCCAGAGCGAAGAGGAGAGAUCCGAUGAGGAGCCGGAGGCCAAAGAAGAGGAAGAGGAAAAACCACACAUGCCCACGGAAUUUGAUUUUGAUGAUGAGCCAGUGACACCAAAGGACUCCCUGAUUGACCGGAGACGCACCCCAGGAAGCUCAGCCCGGAGCCAGAAACGGGAGGCCCGCCUGGACAAGGUGCUGUCAGACAUGAAGAGACACAAGAAGCUGGAGGAGCAGAUCCUUCGUACCGGGAGGGACCUCUUCAGCCUGGACUCAGAGGACCCCAGCCCUGCCAGCCCCCCACUCCGAUCCUCCGGGAGUGGUCUCUUCCCUCGGCAGCGGAAAUACUGACUCCCGCUGCUCCUGCCUCUAGGGUGCAGUGUCCGUACCUGCUGGAGCCUGGGCCCUCCUUCCCCAGCCCAGACACUGAGAAGCUUAGGAAGAAGAGAGAAACCUCAAGCUCCCAAACAGCACGUUGCGGGAAAGAGGAAGAGAGAGAGAGAGUGUGAGAGUGUAUGUGUGUGUUUUCUAUUGAACAUCUGUAGAGAGAGUGUGUGUGUGUGUUUUCUGUUGAACACCUAUAUAGGGAGUGUGUGAAUGUGUGUUUUCUAUUGAACACCCAUUCAGAGACCUGGACUGAAUUUUCUGAGUCUUGAAAUAAAAGAUGCAGAGCUAUCAUCUCUU